AUGGAUUCCCAGCCCAGCUGCGUGGUGGUGACGGGCUUUGGGCCCUUCCGGCAGCACCUGGUGAAUUCCAGCUGGGAAGCAGUGAAGGAGCUGUCCAAGCUGGGCCUGAACGGUGACAAGGACGUAGAGCUGCGGAUUCUCCAGCUGCCUGUAGAUUACAGGGAGGUGAAGCAGAAGGUCACCAGAAUCUGGGAAGAUCUUAAACCGCAACUCGUUGUGCACAUCGGCAUGGACACCUCCGCCAAGGCCAUCAUUCUGGAGCAGUGCGCCAAGAACCGGAGCUACCACGACGCCGACAUCCGGGGCUUCAGGCCGGCGCGCGGCGAGUGCCUUCCGGAUGGCCCGGAAGUGAUCGCUUCGGAGGUCAGCAUGAAGGCGGUGUGCAAGCGCUUCGCGGUGGAGGGUGUGGAGGUGAUCUUUUCUCGAGAUGCUGGCAGAUACGUCUGUGAUUACACCUACUACCUGUCUUUGCAUCAUGGAAAUGGGUAUGCGGCCCUCAUCCACGUGCCUCGGUUAUCCCGUUGGUUCCCAGCCAGGCUGCUGGGCAAAGCCCUGCAAGUCAUCAUCCAGGACAUGCUGGAGGAGCUGAGAAAGCCUGAGCUUGAAGCCUCGUUUGCAGAAAACUCAACCGCAGCGAUUCCAGCCCAGGGGAACCAAUUGGGGGACUGCUCCUUUAGAGAAAAUUAA